ACUAACAACAAAAGCGCACAAGAAAGAUGAAGGUUUUGCAAUGGUUUUUUCUGUUUUGCCUUCUCGCCACUGGAAACCAAGUCACAGCGGGCAAUCUCCACCAUCAUUUGAUGAACUCAACUCGAUACAACAAACGCGUCCGACCAGCGACCAGCGCAACCAGCCCUAUCAGCAUCACCCUUGGACUUUCGUUACAUGAAAUAAUUGAUCUGAAUGACAAAACGCAGUUACUUUCAUUACGAAUUACCACAAGAACGAGCUGGUUCGACUCAUCAUUGUCAUGGCAACCGUCAGACUUCAACGGAAUCAAGAAGAUCUCUCUUCAUACCAGUGAUAUAUGGGUUCCCGACAUUGUAGUAUACAACAAUGCAGAUGAAGGAUUUGGAGACGGACACACCCGUGUCAAUGCCGUGAUACGACAUGACGGACAUGUAAGCCUUAGUAUCCCAUUCCUUCUACGAAGCAACUGCAAAGUCCAAUUGGCAAGUUAUCCAUUCGAUGUGCAGGUCUGCAGUAUCAAGUUUGGCUCUUGGUCUUUUGAUGGGUCUCAGCUUGCUCUACGAAUGGAGAGUCCCACUGCAGAUUUGAGUUCAUAUCUACCAAGUGCGGAAUGGGAGCUCAUCGAGAUACCUGGAGAAUUCCAUUCCGUUGUAUACGCGUGCUGUGCCAACCCAUACCAUGAUAUUGAAUACAUGGUGAAGAUCAGAAGGCGUUCACUGUUCUAUGCCAUAUAUCUUAUUAUUCCAUGUGCCAUGAUAUCAAUGCUUACUCUUCUUAUGUUCCUCUUACCACCUGAAUGCAACGAACGCAUGACCGUCGGAAUGGCGAUACUCGUUGGAUUGAGUUUCUUCUUCCUUCUAGUGGCCGAGAACAUGCCAGCUACAGCAGAAGGUGUUCCACUGAUAGGCAUUUACUACACAGUGACCCUUAUAGAGAUAUCUGUGGCCUUUUUUAUGACCUGUGUGGUACUGAGGUUUCAUCAUUAUAACCCAGUACAUGGAGAGGUGCCUAAGUGGAUGAAGGUCUAUGUCAUUGGUACAGCCGCUCGCUUUCUUGGGUUCAAAUUUUGCAACAAGAUAAAGAACCAGCAAGCUAUGCAACCACAGAUGGAUGGAAAUAAUAACGAAGCAGUGUCCAUGACAACUGGAGAUCAUGAAGAGAAAAACGAACAUCACCUAAAUCAUCGAAGUAACUCAUCGAACAAGAAACCUCCAACAAACAAAGCCGAAGAAGAGAGUCGAGAAGCCGAAAAGAUGAUCUCAGAAAACAUCAGAAAACAAGAUAUUCUGGUAGAAAGACAAGAGGAAUGGCGAAGGGCUGCCCUUGUUUUUAACAGUCUUUUCAUGUGGACGUACUUCAUCGCUAUCGUUUUUUCGUUUGCAGUUUUACUUUUGCCACAGUUGAUAGUUUCCAUGUAGAACACACUGAAUAGUACGUCCAUUUCACAGUUCCCUGCGCCAUCUUGAAAGGUAGCAAAGCCUGUGCAUCCAAGCGAGAACGGCAAUGACCUUUCACUGAUAGAGAUCUUUUUAACACCUUGGACAAUUAUUCACAUGUCUCUAUCAUUGCAAGGUCAACGCCGUCCUCGCUUCGAUUCACAGGCACGAUUACCUUUCCAGAUGGCGCUGGGAAAUGGGAAGAGAUUAUGCUAAAUGUAAAGACGUAGUCUUACAGUGAGGUUUGUGUUCUGUAAUUCGUAGCUAGAGAACUGACAUAUUCUUCCAAAACGAUUUUACCUGCUCAUAAACAUUAGAUCAAUUAAUGAGGCACGAAAGUUUAUAAAAAAAGCUCUACUAGGUUAAAUUUAGUUGUUUUAUGCACAUAUAUUCAACAUGUUAAUUUGCGUAUUAUUGAUAAUAGAUAUUAGUAUGUCGUAAUGAAUGUUAAUCUACAUGUUUGUUAUUAGUUUCAAAAUUAGUUUAUUCGAAAUUAUCAUUCAUUUACUAAACUAUCAUCAAAACUAUAUUUAUUAUAACUUUUCUUUUUUGCUUCACCUACUGCUAAUGACUUAAUGACGUAGCUUAUUAUAGAUAACUUACUGACUCGUUUAGGCCUUUAUGGUUAUUUCAGUUAGCUUGUACCAAAUUAUGUUUAAUAUUAUCAUAAAUAUUGUUGUGUGUUAAUAUGCUAAUUAGUGUGUUGUAGCUUUGCUUAACUAUUGCUGGUUUUCAACCAUUCCCAAGAAAAUU